AUGGCGCACAAGUUUUGUUUUGAAGCUCUUGAUAAAUGCUUAAAAGAUAUUCUAAAGUUUAGUAACCUAUUAGCUGCCAAUCUUCCAUUUGAAGGAAAAGUUGUCGUGUUUGGUGGAGACUUCAAGCAAAUCCUUCCUGUUAUUCCAAGUGGAUCCAGAGAAGAGAUUGUUUUUGCUACCAUUAACUCUUCAUACAUAUGGGAUAAUUGUCAACUUCUUACAUUAACAAGAAACAUGAGACUUAUGGCAACAAAUACUAUAGCAUCUAACAGUGAUAUUCAAAAUUUCACUGAUUGGAUUAUCUCAAUUGGUGAUAGGACUGCGGCUGGAGUUAAUGAAGGAUCCGUGGAUAUUAAGAUCCCAGCUAAUUUGUUAUUGGAUGGUUUAGAAAAUUCAAGAAAGUCUAUUGUUGAUUUAACUUUCCUGAAUUUUCUUAACAAUGUCAAUAAUUCUUCAUAUUUUAGAGAUAGGGCUAUCUUAGCCCCUACAUUGGCUGUGAUUGAAGAAGUAAACAAGUACAUGUUAUCCAUGAUCCCUGGAGAAGAAGUUGUCUACUUGAGUUCUGAUAGUAUUGUAAAAGAUGAUGGGGACAUAAAUUCACUCGAUGACUUGUUUCCAUUUACUCUGAAAAGGAGGCAAUUUUCUAUUAUGCUAGCUUUUGCAAUGACCAUUAAUAAAAGCCAAGGUCAGAGCCUGUGUAAUGUCGGUUUGUACUUGCCUCGUCCUGUUUUCAUGCACAACCAGUUAUAUGUUGCUGUUUCUCGUGUUCAAAGUAAGGAAGAUUUAAAAAUAUUGGUUCUUAAUGAGGAUGGUCAAUCCACAGAUAAAACUUCUAAUGUUGUUUAUAGGGAAGUUUUCGAUAAUUUGGUCUAA